AAUGAUAAAAAUAGAUAAGGGUAGACUUGCCUCUUUGUUCACAAAGCUGUAUGUACUGCUUUGCAGGGGCACUAUGCUGUGAUGAAUAACCCUACCAGACAGCCCUUGGCCCUCAAUGUGGCAUACAGGCGUUGCUUACAGAUUCUGGCUGCAGGGUUGUUCCUGCCAGGCUCGGUGGGUAUCACUGACCCCUGUGAGAGUGGCAACUUCAGAGUACACACCGUCAUGACCCUGGAGCAGCAGGAUAUGGUCUGCUACACAGCGCAGACUCUGGUCCGAAUCCUCUCACAUGGAGGCUUCAGGAAGAUCCUGGGCCAGGAGGGCGAUGUAAGCUAUCUUGCUUCUGAGAUAUCUACCUGGGACGGAGUGAUCGUGACACCCUCGGAGAAAGCUUAUGAGAAGCCGCCAGAGAAAAAGGAGGGGGAAGAAGAGGAGGAGAGCACAGAAGAACCACCUCCAGGAGAGGAGGAGGAGAGCAUGGAGACUCAGGAGUGACCCCGUGACCCAAGGAGACGGUGUGGAGCCUACGUCCACUGCGCCUGGGCAUUAUGACAUUUCUGUAGGCGAGGGGAGAUGGCAGGGAGGAAGGGUCACCCUAUUGGGGUUCUGACGACGGAGCUGCCAAAAGUUUAUUUAUGACUGCUACCCCUUCUGUAGGGAAGCAGGAUAGCAGCUU